ACUAAUUCAGAGAAAGAAAAGAAAAGAAAAACUUCAUUGUGCCCAUAUGUCCCAUCAACCUUGUGAAACCCUAAUUCUAAAGAGCAGUGAGCUCCCUCCUAUGAAUUGAAACGAAGUUCAGCGUGGCAGGGAGGAAGAAGGUAGUAGAGUUGUCCGGCGACGGCGCAAUUCUUUCCGGUGACGGCACGGUGGUCGCGUUUUAUUAGCCAAUUGCGUCCACUUUUUCCCGCAACGGUGAAAUUGGAAGCACAAACCAUGUCUGUUUCUGCGUCACAAACCGAAGAACAAGUCUCAACUAGGAAACCAACAACACUGUGUGAAGAAUGCAAAUCAAACCCAUCGAAAUACACGUGCCCUGGUUGCUCCUUACACUCGUGCAGUCUUCCAUGCGUGAAGUCUCACAAAGACCGAACUGGGUGUAGUGGCAAGAGGAACCAGACCCAGUUUCUUCCUCUUUCCAAGUUCGAUGACAAUGUCCUAUUAUCUGACUAUAAGUUGCUGGAGGAGGUGAAGAGGGUGGCUGAAUCUGCUCAGAGAAUGAGAAAUAAAUUGGGCAUUUAUGCAUAUUUUAGGUUACCUCGUUACCUUAGAAGCCUAAAGAAUGCUGCUGGGAGCAGGAGAACCAAACUGUUGUUUCUCCCUAACGGAAUGUCGAGAAGAGAGAAGAAUCGGUCUCAAUAUGACCAGCGGAAGAAGUUUAUAUCUUGGACAAUUGAAUUACAUUUUCACUCAACAGAUAUUGUUUUACUCGACCAUGAAGUUGAUGAAAAUACAAGCUUUUACUCCAUUCUAGAGAAGCACCUCAAGCCUGGUCCUUGGAAGAAUCAGCUAAGGCAAUUUUGUGAAGUCCAGCUGGAUUGUCUAAAGCUUUUCAUUCGUAAAUACCCGAAAGGUCCCAAGUCAUCUUUCAAGGAGUUAGAUAUAAAAGCGCCAAUCAGACAGCAAUUAGCAAAUAUAGUCAUUUUGGAGUUUCCUGUUGUUUUUGUUUUCUUGCCAUCUCACAGAAUCAAUUUUGAAGUUAUUAAGGAUGUCAAUACCAGCAAACAUAAAUCACUGCAGAAAGAUUGUGAAGACAACCAAUUCCCUCAAGGUUUAUCUUUUAGGGAGGAAGUGAUAGAAGAUGACAACAACUCUGCAGAUCCUCAGGUUUUUGAUCUCAUGAAGCAAGUGGAAUCAAGUUUAUCACAUGAAGUGAUGACCCAAAAUAUGAGUUCUGAGAAAGCACCAAAUGAUUCCCCAGAGAAGUCUCUGUUUGAAGGAGCUACUGGGGGUAAUCUUUCACAUUCUUUGACGGAAACCAAUGAACUAAAAUUCUCUGAAGAUAUGACAUUUGACUUUGAUCAGGAUUUGAUGGAUUUCUAUACUGAUAUCUUGGAUCAAACAAAUCCUGGUGAUCUUUUUGAUUUUGAUGGUGAAUUUUCAAAGAAAACAGAAAAUGAAAUAGAUUUAAUUGGUACUAGUGAUUUAUUCCCUAUGCCAGAGGAAUUGGAGGAAGGGGAAAUUUUAGAAUAAUUGGUAGCUAUAAUUCACUUCUGUUGAAUAGUUGGAGAGAAAAUGAGAAAACAUUGACAACAUCAAUACUAUUAUAUGUUUUGAGGUUGAGGUCCAUUGAUUCCCAUAAUGGGUUUGAAGCUGAGUUUCCAGUUGUGUGGACAUGAUUUAAAAGUUCAUAUUUUCCUUUAUAUUGAGCAUGACAGAGAUUUAAGAUUGUUAUCUUUUUGUGCCAUGACAGAACUUACAAAAAGAGUUAAGAAUCUCUUGAUGUUCAGUGUCAAA